UCCUUAUCAUACAGACUAUCGACGAACUCUCCGUGCUACAUAGAUAAACUCAAUUAUACGGUUUCAUAAGUUUGACCAAACAGCAAUUUAAAAUUCCUUUCACGGCAGGUGAUCAUGUAAAGUCCGAAGGGUCUCCGUCCAGAAUGACGAAGACGGUUUGCGUGGUCGGGGCUGGAGUUUCCGGUUUAGCAGCGACGAAGCACUGCUUGGAAGAAGGUCUGGAACCAAUCUGCUUCGAAAAAGACGACGAUGUUGGAGGACUCUGGAACUACCACGAUGUACCCAAGGAUGGUUACCCAAGCCUGUACAACUCGUGUAGCAUCAACACCAGUAAGGAGAUGACGUGCUACAGUGACUUUCCAAUCCCUAAAGAGUUUCCCAACUUCAUGGCGCACAAACAUUUUAAAAGUUAUCUGAAACUUUACGCCGAGAACUUUGGGUUGCUGAAAUACAUAAAGUUCAAACAUGAAGUGGUGCUCAUUGAGAAAGCAGACGACUUUGAGGACAGUGGCGAUUGGGUGGUUACGACCAAAAACUUGACCUCGGGGAAAGUGGAAAAGAGAAAGGUGAACUGUGUUAUGGUUUGCAAUGGACAUCUCCAUGAACCGAACAUUCCCAAUUUCAAAGGACUCGACAAAUUCAAGGGGAGAGUCUUACACACUCACGAUUACAAGGACUUCCAUGGGUACGAGGGGAAAAGAGUUUUGAUUAUUGGUGUAGGAAACUCCGCCUCAGAUGUUGCAUGUGAACUGAGCAGACAUGCUGAGCACGUCUACAUCAGCACACGAACUGGUACCUGGGUGAUACAGCGAGCCGCGGACCAGGGCCGUCCAUUCGACCACGUCGCAAUCACUCGUUUCCGGCAGGGGAUUCCUUGGCCGUACCUUCGUCCGUUCAUGUACCACGGCGUCAACAACCGGUACAGUCAUUCGAAGUACAGCCUCUCACCCAAUACAAGAUUCAACGGAGGGGCAGUUACCAUCAGUGAUGACUUGCCAAACCGGAUCCUUUUAGGCAGAAUCAAUAUGAUAACAGACGUGGAGAGAUUCACAGAAAAUGGCGCUGUAUUUGUUGAUGGCACGAAACUUGACAACAUCGACGUGGUGAUUUUGGGUACCGGGUUCAAAUACAGUUUCCCUUUCAUCCAAAAAGGUGCAAUAAAAGUGGAAAACGCAUUUCCUUUCCUUUAUGAUCUGGUAUGGCCCGCUGAUAUGGAGCCGGCUACCCUUGCCAUAAUUGGCCUUGUACAACCUUUUGGUGGCCUCCCUCCAAUUCUUGAGAUGCAGUCUAGAUGGGCAGCUCGUGUGUUCUCUGGAAACUGCAAGCUGCCAAGUGCUUCACAAAGAUUACAAGUGGUGGAAAAGACUAAUGCAAAUCUAAAAUCAAAAGGUCUCAAUUCUCCAAAAUACACUCUGGUCGUAUUCUUCAUCCAGUAUAUCGACAAAAUGGCCAAGUACAUUGGCUGCAAGCCCAAUUUGUGGAAAUUCUUUUUCACAGAUAAUGCCCUCUGGAGAAAGCUGUUCUUUGGACCCUGCACUCCGCCGCAGUGGCGCCUUGAAGGGCCUGGAAAAUGGCAAGGAGCCAAAUACGCAAUCGAACACGUGGAAGAAAAAACGUGGUAUCCACUAAAAACACGCGAGGCGGGAAAACACGAAAAAGAAGGCAUAUAUGACGGAUAUAUUUCUCUUCUCAAAAGAUUUCUACUACUUGUUGUAGUCUUCAUUCUUGUAAAAUAUUUGUUCACAAAUGGGUGUACCACUUUUCCCGUAAAGUCUUAAAGGCAAUGAGUUAAUCAUUAUCUUAUUUUCAUUUGUUGUUGUAUUGAGACAUUGACCUCACUAGCUGUAUUCACCAAUAAAUACAAUGUAUUGAUAAGAAA